GCCGCCCGCGGAGUGAGGCAGCGAGCGGGCUGGUGGACGGGUAGGCAGCCGGGGGAGAUGUGCCCGGAGGAGGACGGCGGCUGCGGUGGCGGCGGCGGCGGCGUGGCCGGCACCGGCGGCUCCGAGGCGGCUGUGGCGCUGGACGAGCUUCGUUCCUGGUGGGAAGUUCCGGCCAUCGCGCAUUUCUGCUCCCUCUUCCGCACCGCAUUCCGCUUGCCGGACUUCGAAAUCGAGGAACUGGAAGCUGCUCUUCACGGGGAUGAUGUGGAGUUUAUCAGUGACCUGAUCGCCUGCCUUCUCCAAGGUUGCUACCAGCGCAGAGACAUCACAUCCCAGACGUUUCACAGCUACCUGGAGGACAUCAUCAACUACCGCUGGGAGCUGGAAGAAGGGAAGCCCAACCCCUUGCGGGAGUCCACCUUUCAGGAGCUGCCCUUGCGUACCCGAGUGGAGAUCCUGCACCGACUCUGCGACUACCGCCUCGAUGCAGAUGAUGUCUUCGACCUCCUUAAGGGCUUGGACGCCGACAGCCUGCGUGUGGAGCCACUGGGCGAGGACAGCAGCGGUGCCCUGUACUGGUACUUCUACGGCACGAGGAUGUACAAGGAGGACCCUGUGCAGGGGAAAAGCAAUGGCGAGCUGGCUCCAGACAGGGGCUGUGGGGGGCAAACAAACACCCCAAGCGUUCCCGGGAAAACCGGCAAGAGACGAGGGCGACCCCCAAAGAGGAAAAAACUACUGGAGGAAAAUUUGCUAAGGGAGAAGGCAGAAGAGAACUUGCUAAUCCGCGAGACUCAGAUAAGAAACGGGUCCCAAGGGCCUGGCCGUGGGACAUGGUGGCUGCUGUGUCAGACGGAAGAGGAGUGGAGGCAGGUCACAGAGAGCUUCAGAGAGAGGACUUCCCUUAGAGAGCGGCAGCUCUACAAACUCUUGAGUGAAGACUUCCUGCCGGAGAUCUGCAACAUGAUUGCACAGAAGGAGAAGCGUCUGCAGCGGACAGAGUUUUCUCCCAGGUGGAUGUCUGACCAUCAGCCCAUCAAACCAAUCAAGCAGGAGGUAAACCCGAACGUGCUCAGUUCAGUGGAGAAGCAGAGGCGCAGAGAGGAAGAGGAGGAGCGCCAAAUCCUUAUAGCAGUGCAGAAGAGGGAGCAGGAGCAGCUGCUAAAGGAGGAGAGGAAGAGAGAGAUGGAGGAGAAGGUCAAAGCAGUGGAAGAACGAGCCAGAAGGAGGAAGCUUCGUGAAGAGCGGGCUUGGCUGCUGGCACAAGGGAAGGAGCUCCCCCCUGAGCUUUCCCACUUGGAUCCCAGCUCCCCUACCAGGGAAGAGAGGAGGACCAAGGAUCUCUUUGAACUGGAUGAUGAAUUCACAGCUAUGUACAAAGUUCUGGAUGUGGUAAAGGCUCACAAGGACUCUUGGCCCUUCCUGGAGCCCGUUGAUGAAUCAUAUGCUCCCAACUACUAUCAGAUCAUUAAGGCCCCCAUGGACAUCUCUAGUAUGGAGAAGAAGUUGAAUGGGGGUCAGUACUGCACCAAGGAAGAGUUUGUGGGCGAUAUGAAGACCAUGUUCAGGAACUGUCUUAAGUACAAUGGGGAAGGCAGUGAAUAUACCAAGAUGGCUUACAACUUGGAGAGGUGUUUUCACCGAGCAAUGAUGAAGCACUUCCCUGGGGAAGAUGGAGAUACAGAUGAGGAAUUUUGGAUCAGAGAAGAUGGGAGGCGAGAGAAGAGGAGCCGCCGGGCUGGCCGUGCCAGCACGGGCAGCGUUUGGACUCGGUCACGAGACCCAGAUGGACCAGGCAAGAGGCAGCAACGCCUGGAAAACGGAGGAAAGCCUCCACCCUAUCGAGCUGCUUCCAGGGCUCCUGCUUCUUCCUCCUCUUCCUCUUCCUCCUCCUUCUCAUCUUCCGCAGAGGAUCCCAGUGGCAACCCAGCGCAGCCUCCUCGAGAAGUGGGCCCUUCCAACGGGCGAGGCUUCCCUCGCUCUCUGCAGUACGGUGGCAUGCCCAGCCCUGCGCCGCAUCCCGGCCAGGUGAGACCAGCUGUGCCAGGAACGUUUGGUCCCCUGCGCGGAUCAGACCCCACAAAACUCUAUGGCUCACCCCGAGUGCCUGAGCCCCAUCCCGGAGACCCGGUCCAGCAGCACCAGCACUUUGCUAUGCAGCCGGCCGUGGGACUGAGUGAGCACCGUGGGCACAGGCUGGCUGCCCCAGAGAAGCAGGCGUGCGCAGGACCCACCCAGGUUGCCAGCCUUGGCCCGCGGCCGGGCACGCUGCAGCUGGGCCGUGUGAGUGGCCCCCCGCCGGACGCAGUCUACCCACCGGCCCAGUUCCAGCAGGGCUUCCUACCCCCCAGGCACAACGGACCCCCUGUGAGGCCGCCGGAGGGCUCGGAGGUUGCCCCAGGGCACAUGUACCGGCCCUACAAGUACCUGAACCGCACACACCCAGCCCUGUGGAACGGCAGCCACAGCCCUGCCAGCCAGGGUGCAGUGGGGCCAGAGGAGAAGACACCCGUGGGGCCGGGGCCCUCGCUGCAGCCCCGUGCCCUGGGUCAUAUGGUGGACCCCCGGGCCAUGAGGCAGCCGCUGCCUCCCAGCCAGUGGACCGAGCAAUCCAAUUUCCUACCUCACGGGGUGCCUCCCUCAGGAUUUAUCAGACCACCUGGGAAAGCUUCCAGCCAGAGGAUGCCGCAGCCACCGACCACUCUGUUUGGGGGCCCACCUCAAGUUCAAAGAGGAUGCCAGGGCGGGGACUCCAUGAUGGACAGCCCAGAGAUGAUCGCCAUGCAGCAGCUGUCCUCUCGCGUGUGCCCACCGGGUGUGCCUUACCACCCUCGCCAGCCGCCCCCUCCGCACCUCCCUGGACCUUUCCCCCAGCUGGCUCACGCUGCCUCUGCCACCAGCAUGCAGCCUCCCAAACCCGUUGUGGGGAAUGGGAGCUCGCAGGAUCCAACCAGUCAGACCAUGGAGACAGAAAGCAACCAAGUGGAGCCACCAGCAGGUAUGGAUGAGAAGGCUCAGUGCAUCGGCAUUCCCGACGGGGCCUACACCAAACUCCUACCUCAUUCCAAGCCCCCACUGCCCAUGGAGUGCACCAGGCGCGCCUUGCCCCCCGACGGGGAUGGGGACAGCUCCGGCAUGAAGGGUGACCUGAAGGCAGGACAGGGCAAGGGCACGUGGCCAGCAGAAAGUGGAUAUGCUGGUGGCCCAGGCUGCGUGAGGGACCUGGUGCCCACCUCUGAGAGAGGGGGUCCCCUGCCUGAGAACGGGGCUGCAGGUGAGGGACCAGUGGCUGGCACCGAGGGGAAAGGCUUAGCCACCAACCUGUUGGAGAAACCCCUCUGCAGCAGUGGGAAGGCUCUGCCUGAUGCGACUGUGCCUUGCAUGGGGCAGGGCAGCAGCCUCCCUGGUGUGGACUCUGGCUCCAUGGGGGCUGCCCCCAAUCAGUUCCAUCCUCUCUACAUGCCCGGUCUGGAAUACCCAAAUUCAGCUGGGCGGUACCACAUCAACCCAGGCCUGCAGGGGUUCAGCCCCAUGAUGGGGGGAAAGCCGCCACCACCACCACCUCCUCCUGCUUCCCACCCCCAGCAUUUUUCCCCACGGGGUUUCCAGCCCAGCAGCACCCACCCUGGCGUCUUCACCCGGUAUCGACCUCCUCAGGGCAUGCCCUACCCCUACCAGCCGCAGCCUCAACCUUCUUACCACCACUAUCAGCGAUCGCCCUACUACGCCUGUCCGCAGGGCUACUCAGACUGGCAGAGGCCUCUCCACCCUCAGGCCAACCCCAGUCCCCACCCGCCCCUGGGCAGACCCCCUUUCCCAGACAGGGGGGCUGCCAGCAGCUUGCAGGGCUGCGAGGCACUGAGCGCUGCCCUAGCCUCUCCCAGCCGCAUGGACCAAGCGAGUGCCAAAGAGGUUUCUCCGAGUGAUGGGCAGGAUUUGGGGCCCGAAGAGGAAAAGUCUGAGGAGCCCCAGGAUAGACCGGAGAGUCCCAAAGAGUUCCUUGAUUUGGACAACCACAACGCAGCCACAAAGAGGCAAAGCUCGGUGGUGGCAGGGGAGUUCCUCUACGGAGCUCCUCCGCCACACUUGGGUUCAGGGAUGGGAUUCAGCCCAGCAGCUUUCCCUCCCCACGGGAUGAUGCUACAGACUGGCCCUCCUUAUGCAUCCCGCCAUCCUGCCAGUCAUUUCCAGCCCAGGACAUACGCAUCACCUAUGAAUGCUCACCUGUCUCAUCAUCCAGCCUCUGGACAGACCAAUGGCCUCUCUCAGGAGGGACCCCUGUACCGCUGCCGGGACGAGAACGUUGGUCACUUUCAGGCCUUGCUGAUGGAGCAGAGAGGCAGUGGAGGUGGCAUGGGGGGGCCACCCCAGGACUUGUAUAGACCCUCAGGAAUGCAAAUGCAUCAGGCUCCAGUUCCCUUCCCGAAGAUGCCUACAGCAACUAUGUCCCGGGAAGAUUUGACAUCACAGAAACCAUCAGCGUUGCCUCUGGAUCAAAGCUAGUCCAAGGAAGGAAGGACCUCAUGAAGAAGAAAGCCACGCGUGAUUUGGACAAGGGGGAGGAAGACCUGCCCUUCCUCCCACCCUCCCCUUGCCCAAGCAGCAUGUAGCUUCCCGGGUCCGUGGAACGUGGUGCCGUGACGGCUUUUGUGUUGGAACCCUGGAGCAGUGCUGGGCUGCAGCCAGCCGAGCCGCUGGCUUGCCCCACCGCAGAGCAGGCAUCCAAACUCGUGGCUUUCUGUGACCGGAGACUGCAUCUCGUUCAGGGUUUGAGGGGUUUGGGGGUUGGGUGGGGAGGGAG